UUCGUCGCUUUGUGUUCAAAUGUGUACUUAUUUUUAAGUAUCAAGAAUUGCUUAGUUUUUUGUAAGAGUAUAUGAGCAAAUAUUUGAUAUAAGUAAAGUUUAUGUGUGAGAUCAAGUUGCAAUGAAUUCCGCUAGCAAGGUGGGGGAGAUAUUCACCGCGGCGGGGGAAGCGUUCUCCAACCUCGGAGCACUGACCAUGCAGCUGCACCCCACGGCAGAGUCCCCCGCCGGUAAAUGGACUGAUGAAGAAAUUGAGUCGCUUCGUCAGUCGGUGAAUAGGUUCGGAGAUGAUCUUAAGAAUUUAAGUGAACGCAUCAAAGCAAGAACAGUGUCGCAGAUCCGCACCACCUUGAAGAAGAAGGCGUUCGAGGACGCGGGCGUGCCGAUGCGCUCGCCGCCGGCGCUGCAGUCCCCCCCCGCCGCCGCGCCGGCCCAGCCCCCGGGCGCGCUGGUCAAGUCGGGAGACGUGAUGCUCGGCAUGAGCGCUGCCGAGUCGGAGGUGGACGUGGAGGGCCUGGCCGAGGAGGUCAAGCUGGAGUUCGACGGGGCCACGGAGGAGGUGACCUCGUGAGCCGGGCGCCGCCCCGCUCCUCGGACCGGCCGUCGUCAGGUCCCCGGCUUCCCGCACGAGCCCCGUCACAGUCGGAAAAAUCCCACAGAAUGCCGAGAUAUUCCUUCUCUUCCCCCGCUUGUUGGGGAACACUCGAAUGAAUCGGCGCGUGCUUAAAAAAAUGUCCCUCGGUCCGAGCAACCAAACUUCUGAUAAAACAUAAAACAAAUAAAUCUGUCUCUCAAAGGGCCCCCGCCUCGUCAGGUGUGUGUGUGUGUGCGUCAGUGAGGCGGGAUGAUAAGCGCGACGCUCACUGGUGCUUCUAGCGCGGUGUCUCCUCUGGACUGGCGCGCAGUCUUCUCCCAGUGCAUAUGAGCGGAGACCGUAACAUUAUAUGGCGGAGAAAUGAAGAUGAAGGUGUUAUGCAAGUCCCUUAAGUGCUCUCAAGAAUCUGUACCGGUGUUUUUACGCCUAAAUUUACUCAGAAAACACUCGUUUUAGCCAUUUUUACGCUUCUGAAAAUACAGUUUGAAAACUUAUUCCGAAAUUAAUAGUACUUUUCGGCCCUCAGCGAACUCUUGAAUGCUAUUCGUAAAUAGGCCCCACUCGGAUAUCUUGAGUAGUUUUGAAAUCACUUUUUUUUUUUCCUGAAGCUCUGCACACCGUAUGUGUGCCCAGGUAGGCGGGGCCCUUAAGCAAACCUUUUGGCGAUAGUUAAGAAUUUCCCCUAGCUGAUAUCAGCUAUCCCUUUUAGCAUGGAUAGUUGAAGCUGUCCUUUUAACUUGCGAUUUGCAUGCUUUAACUCACCUUGCCAUUUUUUUUUGUGCCCGAGGUCCUUUGAGCGUGUGCCGAUUCAAAAAGUAUGUUCUGCGAGUGUUUGAAAAUAGUGAAUAUUUUGUUGCCGAUAGAUAACAGCAAGUGGGACUCGUAAUGAAGAAUGAAGCCAAAGGAUUUAAUGAGAAAUUAUCAAAUUAUGAUUUGUUUUCUGCAACAUAUAACAUACGUGGUUUAUAUAUUAAGCAAUCUGUUAUUGUUUUUCAUAUAUUUCUGGUUUUUUUUUUUUUUUUUACUGUAUUUUGCAUCAAUUAUGACUCCUACGAACUGUGAAAAACAUAUUUUCUCUAUAUGUUUAAAUUUUUGUCAAAAAAAAUAUUGAUAUGAUGAAUAAAUAAUUUUAUGUUCAUAA